AUGAAGUCCUCCGACAUCGACCAGGAUUUAUUCACAGACAGUUACUGCAAGGUGUGCAGUGCUCAGCUGAUAUCCGAGUCUCAGCGCGUGGCCCAUUACGAGAGUCGAAAACAUGCGAGCAAAGUUCGACUGUACUUCAUGCUUCACCCCAGGGAUGGGGGCUGUCCCGCCAAGAGGCUGCGGUCUGAAAACGGCAGUGAUGCCGACAUGGUGGACAGGAACAAGUGCUGCACCCUCUGCAACAUGUCCUUCACCUCCGCCGUGGUGGCCGACUCACACUACCAGGGCAAAAUCCACGCCAAAAGGCUCAAGCUGUUGCUGGGAGAGAAAAGCCCUUUAAAGACCACAGCCACACCCCUGAGCUCACUUAAGCCCCCUCGAGUGGAUGCUGCUCCAGUGGUCGCAUCUCCCUAUCAGAGAAGGGAUUCAGACAGGUACUGUGGGCUCUGUGCAGCCUGGUUUAAUAAUCCUCUGAUGGCCCAGCAACAUUAUGACGGCAAGAAACACAAAAAGAAUGCAGCCAGAGUUGCUCUGUUAGAACAACUUGGGACUACACUGGAUAUGGGGGAACUGAGAGGUCUGAGGCGCAAUUACAGAUGCACCAUCUGCAGUGUCUCCCUAAACUCAAUAGAACAGUAUCACGCCCAUCUGAAAGGAUCCAAACACCAGACCAAGUAG